CUCAGAGAGAGGAAUAGAGCGCACGAGGACAGUGAAAGCUCUCCAUUGCGCGUGCAUUAAUAGAGUUUUGUGCCGCUGAAUGCAUUGAAGAUUAAUGUCCGAUGGACUCUGUGAGGAAAAGAAAUAUGAGUACCAAGACACCGUAAGGACUACAGAGAAGUUUACCAAGGAACAUUUUCUUUUAAUCCUCCACAUCAAGCCAAGAUAGCGCGCGAUGGUGAAGUUCUGUGGAGGAUUUGUAUAAUCGUCUCAUGAAGUUGUUGUGAAGCAGGACUUUUACAUUUCUGUGGUCAUUUUUUGUCUCCUAAAAGGCCUAUAAAAUGGCAUUAAGAAUGGAAUGCAUUUGAAAAAAAUUCCAAUAAUGUGGAUGUCUACGUUCUUCUUCUGCUUAUGAUAAAAGGAGGUUUUGAAGGAUAUAUAUAUAUAUAUAUAUAUAAUCUUUUUUUUAUUAUUAUUAUUUUUUUUUUAUGCUGUGUUGUCGUCGGUGGACCAAAUCAAAAUACCAGUCAUACUUUCCCUGUUUGAAUAAUUCAUGAACUAGAACGUGGCUUCCAGGGUUGGGAAAAAGUUACCACGAUACGGGGAGGGGAAUAAUAAGUAGAAUUGUUCAAAGUGGUCAGGGGGAUGGCCACAGCGGCUUCCAACCCUUACCUGGCCAGCAAUAGUAUUCUCUCAUCAGCCUCGAUCGUGCACUCGUUGUCCGGAGUUGGUGGCAUGCAGCCGGGAAGUGCUGCCGUAACCUCGGUGUCGGGAGGCUACAGAGGAGAUCCCACGGUCAAGAUGGUGCAGAGCGAUUUCAUGCAGGGAGCCAUGGCAGCCAGUAAUGGGGGGCACAUGCUAAGCCAUGCCCAUCAGUGGGUUACCUCGCUGCCUCACGCAGCUGCUGCUGCUGCAGCCGCCGCCGCCGCAGCUGCAGAAGCCGGCUCCCCGUGGUCCUCCAGCCCUGUUGGUAUGGCUGGUAGCCCACAGCAACAAGAUGUCAAGAACAAUUCAAACAGGGAAGACCUGCACUCUGGCACGGCGUUGCACCACAGACCCUCGCAUCUCGGUGCUCACCAGUCUCACCAAGGCGCAUGGGGUGGCGGCGCAUCCUCGCAUAUCUCCACCAUCACCGGAGGACAGCAGCAGUCCCAGCAGUCUCUCAUUUACUCCCAGCCAGGUGGAUUCACGGUCAACGGGAUGCUGAACCCUCCAGUGAGUUUGGUCCACCCGGGGUUGAUGCGAGGAGAUUCUCCAGAAAUGGACCACGGAAGCCAUCAUCAUCACCACCAUCAUCAGCAGCAGCACCCUCAUCACCAUCACCACCAGCAUCACGCGGGAGUGAACAGCCACGAUUCGCACUCCGACGAGGACACGCCGACCUCCGACGACCUGGAACAGUUCGCUAAACAGUUUAAACAGCGUCGGAUCAAACUGGGUUUUACUCAGGCUGAUGUCGGUUUAGCACUAGGGACUCUUUACGGAAAUGUCUUCUCUCAGACCACCAUUUGCAGGUUCGAGGCCCUCCAACUGAGCUUCAAAAACAUGUGUAAACUCAAGCCACUGUUGAACAAGUGGCUGGAGGAGGCCGACUCCACCACUGGCAGUCCCACCAGCAUUGAUAAAAUAGCAGCCCAAGGCAGGAAACGAAAGAAGCGCACCUCCAUCGAGGUGAGCGUAAAGGGAGCCUUGGAGAGCCAUUUUUUGAAAUGCCCUAAACCCUCGGCUCCGGAGAUCACCUCUCUGGCAGACAACCUUCAGCUGGAGAAAGAGGUGGUUCGGGUCUGGUUCUGUAACCGAAGGCAGAAAGAGAAGAGGAUGACGCCGCCCGGGGUCCCUCAGACGCCAGAGGACGUGUUCGCCCAUGCCGGCAACGUGAGUGCAGACACACCGCCUCCGUCCAUGGACUGCAAACGAGAGUUUUGUGAUAGAUUACUUAAAAGGUGCAAGUUUGAAAGAUGAGCCGGACAACAACAACUACAACGGGACAACUACGAGCUCCUACGGCCAGGAGAUUCUGGUGCGCUGAAAUGAUAACAAACCAAAAGCCAACGCAAACUUUAUGGAUCCCCUUUAAGGGAAAUUACAAAAGAACUCACAUGGACAUGGAUCAAUAGGCUACAUACUAACAUUAAAUAUUAAACAGUGGGAGAAUUUACCCCAGGACGCACAGGAAUUAUGUUAUUCAUUUUAACAAAAAGGAAUUGUCUACUCUUGGAACAUUAUGUGAAAAAAAAAAAAAAAAAAAAAAAACUUUUCUACUCCAUAGUAUUUUUGUGGACCACAUUUUUGUGAAUAGCCUUUACACAGAAAAAACGUAAGAAAAAAAUAAUCGAAAAUGAAAAAAAAAAGAUAUAUAUAUAUAUAUAUUGAUUACUCUCCACCUGCACUUAUUUUCCAAUCUCAGCCUCCCCCUGUAAACACUUUUUGUUGUCGUUUGGCUGAAUAAUCGUGGAUAUUGCCCUCCUGCUUUUUCCAGGCAGAAGUUUUGGUGGGUUUUGAUAUAACACGUCUGUGUAGAUUUGGCAAUAUAAAUUAUCUGUGUUGAUUUAAAUGAUUUGCUUUAUAUUUUUCACUAAAAUCAAUCUUUCAAAUAUUGUCUGGAGCAAUGGCAGAUUUGUUCGCGAUGUGAUGACUUUCAACCUAGUAGCAUUUCUUGUAGGCCUUCAUCGUUUUCCCCUCUGCCAUUUUAACUAUUGAUUAUAUUUUAUACUGUUAGUAUUACAUUUGUUAUUAUAUACAUACACUUAUUGUACUCAAACACGCUGACAAAUCUGAAACAAACCGUUUCCCCGUGGUUGUUAUUUAAGUUCAGAAUACUGACUCAGCGAGAGUGAAUGAGAACAAUAAAUCUGA